CGCAGUGUAGCAAAGGUAGGGGCUAAAGGUUGAAUAAUAUUGAACUAGAGAGAGAGCACAUCCUUAUACGCACAGGGUGAAGGCAGCUAGCUAGGCAGACACCCAUCAUGGCUGACUUCUACACCACGCAAGUAGGUGACACGCUCUUCACGAUACCACGGAGAUACCAGGACCUGAAACCAUUAGGACACGGGGCUCAAGGAGUCGUAUGUUCUGCUAAAGAUUCUGUUAGAGGAGAGAGGAUAGCCAUCAAGAAGCUUGUAAAACCUUUCCAGAACGAGACUUAUGCCAAGAGAGCGUUUAGGGAACUGAAACUGAUGAAGAUGGUGAACCACAAGAAUGUCAUCGGUUUGUUGAAUCUCUUUAGCCCGGCUCAUUCUAUUGAGGAUUUUGAGGAUGUUUAUAUUGUGAUGGAGCUAAUGGAUGCUAACCUCUGUAGAGUCAUUGGCAUAGAAUUAGACCAUGACAGAAUGUCAUACCUCCUCUAUCAGCUGCUGUGUGGCAUCAAGCAUUUGCAUUCAGCUGGAAUCAUUCACAGAGAUUUAAAGCCUAGUAACAUUGUAGUGAAGGAGGAUUGCUCAUUAAAGAUCCUUGACUUUGGUUUAGCCAGAGCUGCCGACAAAGCCUUUAUGAUGACCCCAUACGUCGUCACUAGGUACUACAGGGCACCUGAAGUAAUUGUUGGCAUGAAAUAUAAAGAAAACGUUGACAUUUGGUCUGUUGGUUGUAUCUUUGCUGAGAUUGUCAGAGGUGACAUACUGCUCCCAGGGAGAGACUAUAUUGACCAAUGGAACAAAGUGACUCAAAUACUUGGAACUCCUCCUCAAGAAUUCUUCAAACAGCUCCAACCAUCAGUCAGAAUGUAUUGUGAAAGUCAACCAAGGCACAAGGGAAAGUCUUGGAAUGAGCUGUUUCCUGAUGAUGUCUUUCCUAACGAUUCCAAGGAAGAUGCACAUAAAACUCGGCUUGCUGUGGAUUUGUUAACAAAGAUGCUGCAGAUAGAGCCAACAAGGCGAGUGACUGUAGACGAAGCGCUGAAGCAUCCUUAUGUAUCUAUUUGGUACGAUCCUUCUGAAGCUGAUGCUCCUCCUCCUCCUAAAUAUGAUCACUGCUUGGAUGAGAAAAACAUUCCACUGGCCCAGUGGAAGAAGCUCAUUUACGAAGAAGUGAUAAGUUUUGACGAGCGAAGAGAUGCGAAACGCUAAUCGAGUCUUCUUAAUCUCUCUCUCUCUCUCACACCUUUUCUCAGUCACUGAACGAAAAGGCUCUCAUCUUUCUUUAUUGACCUUUUGUAGUCUAUUCUAAAUAAAUAAUUAAUAAUAAUAAUAAUAACAAUAAAUACACAGACAGAAAGCAAGCUUACAUUAUUAUUUUUUCCUACUCUUUUUGCAACAUUUUUUCUCAAAAUUUUAAAUAUUCUCUCAGCUUCGACAGAAAAUUU